CUGGACACUUCCCCGAGGAGGGAGCGGGUGCCAUGGGCAUUUGGCUGCGACUAGCCUUUUUACUGUUGGUGCUGCAGGCUCUGGGGCAGCCUGCAUGGCCUGCGGCUGUGGCCCUGGCACUGCGCUGGCUCCUGGGAGACUCCGUCUUCUGCGUGCUGCUCAGCCUGGCCCUGCUGGCGCGGCCCUGGCUCUGGCCCUGGAGGCCCCACUGGCUGAGUCUGGCAGCUGCGGCGCUCACGCUGGCUCUGCUGCCCGCACGGCCGCCCCCGGGGCUACGCUGGCUGCCUGCAGAUGUGGCCUAUAUCGCCGGGAUCCUCCGCCUGGGCCUGGUUGUCAGAGCGCGCAUGAGACGCCGCCCGCCCGACACCUUUGUGGAUACCUUCGAGCGACGAGCACGAACACAGCCGGGUCACACGCCCUUGGUGUGGAAGGGGCCGGGGAGCCGCUCAGUCACCUUCAGGGAGCUGGACGACAGGGCAUGCCAGGCAGUGUGGGCCCUGAAGGCCGAGCUGGGCGGCCUCACGGGCUUGCUUGGCGGGGAGUCGGCCGCCUUCCUGGUCCUGGACGCCCAGACAAUUCCGGCCUUGGGUUUGUGGCUGGGGCUGGCCAAGCUGGGCUGCCCAGUGGCCUGGAUCAAUCCACAUGGCCGGGGAGCGCCCCUGGUGCACUCAGUGCUGAGCUCUGGGGCUCGGCUGCUGGUGGUGGACCCAGACCUCCGGGAGAACCUGGAAGAGGUACUUCCCAAGCUGCAGGCAGAGAACGUCCGAUGCUUCUACCUCAGCCAUUCCUCCCCAACACCAGGAGUGGGGGCUCUGGGGCCUGCUCUUGAUGUUGCACCCACCGACCCCGUGCCCACUGACCUACGUGCUGGGAUCACACCACAGAGCCCUGCCCUGUUUAUCUACACCUCAGGGACCACUGGGCUCCCAAAGCCGGCCAUUGUCACGCACGAGCGACUGCUGCAGAUGUGCAAGAUGCUGUCCCUGGGUGGGGUCACAUCUGAUGACGUGGUCUACACAGUCUUGCCUCUGUACCAUGUGAUGGGGUUUAUCCUUGGGGUCCUCAGCUGCCUGGAGCUCGGAGCAACCUGUGUCCUGGCCCCCAAGUUCUCUGCUUCCCACUUCUGGGAUGACUGUCGGCAGCAUGGUGUGACUGUGAUCCUGUAUGUGGGUGAGGUCCUGCGGUACCUGUGUAAUACUCCACAGCGACCAGAGGACCGGACACAUACAGUCCGCUUGGCAAUGGGCAAUGGACUCCGGGCAGAGGUAUGGAAGUCCUUCCAGCAGCGCUUUGGCCCCAUUCGGAUCUUGGAAAGCUAUGGCUCUACAGAAGGCAACAUUGGCUUCGUCAACUAUCCAGGGCGCUGUGGGGCCCUGGGCAAGAUAAGCUGCUUGCUUCGAAUGCUGUCCCCCUUUGAGCUAGUACAGUUCGACACGGAGGCCGAAGAGCCUGUCAGGGACAAUCAGGGAUUCUGUGUCCCUGUGGGGCCAGGGGAAGCGGGGCUUCUGUUGUCCCAGGUCUUGAGCCACCAACCUUUCGUGGGCUACCGCGGGGCGCGAGAGCUGUCGGAACGGAAGUUGGUGCGGAAUGUGCGGCGCAGGGGUGACGUUUACUUCAACACCGGCGACGUGCUGACCAUGGACGAAGAAGGCUUCCUUUACUUUCGCGACCGCCUCGGGGACACCUUCCGAUGGAAAGGUGAGAACGUGUCCACGCGGGAGGUGGAGAGCGUUUUGUCACUCGUGGACUUCCUGCAGGAGGUGAACGUCUACGGUGUGUCUGUACCAGGCUGUGAGGGCAAGGUGGGCAUGGCUGCCGUGCAGCUGGUCCCCGGCCAGACCUUCGAUGGGCAGAGGAUGUACCAGCAUGUCCGCACUUGGCUCCCUGCCUAUGCUGCACCCCAUUUCAUCCGUAUCCAGGACACCCUGGCAAUCACAAGCACAUUCAAACUGGUGAAGUCACGUUUGGCGCGCGAGGGCUUCAAUGUCGGCAUCAUUGCUGACCCCUUGUUCAUGUUGGACAACCAGGCCAAGGCCUUCCGGCCCCUCACGGUGGACAUGUACCAGGCUGUGUGCAAUGGAACUUGGAGACUCUGACCAUUUGGCCAGUCCCCAGGACAUCUGAAGUGGUAGUGCCCAAUGCUGACUACUACCACUCCCAUUUGCAGGGUCACCUCCCCCUACCCCAAACCUGCUGAGGAUCAUCAUGAAUCCUAGCCUGGCCAUAACCCCCGUUGCAGAGAGUGAGAUGAUGCUAGGCCCCGUAACGGAGUGAGAAUAAACUUGGACGUGUACACAGAUGUCUACGCGUGUAGGGGCCAAGGGCAGGCAGCCCCAAGAUGGGCCCCUUUGGCAUAAAGAUUAUUUUGUGUUAAAAGCAAUAAAAACCCAGCAGAUUCAGAAGCUCUUUACCUACCCCACAGAUAACUACAUAAUGACAGGGAGGAAUUUAGCAAGACCUCUUUUAUCAAAUUCCUGUGUCCUCUUGUUUCUGAAUGGCCCAAAGACCGUUUGUUUACCAAAUAUUUACUCUUUCAUUUUCCUUUAAAUUACAUUAUUUCCUAUUGAAUUCCCGGACAUCUAUACUUUUCUCAGUUCAGUAUGACAUGUACACCUCAUUUUGCCUGUCUUUGGAAUUUUAUGGCUGUAUGUAUUCCCCAUAUGUACCAAAUUAAAUUUUAUUUUCUCCUGUUAA